ACUGUGCAGCAAGAGGCGAACUUUCUUCAGGCUGCUGCUGCUGGAUGCUAGCAGAAUUUGAAAUGGACAGCCACGGAUGUCUGAACGAGAGCUGUGUUGUUCGUCUUCGUCAACAAGAUGGUAUUAAAACGCCCUCAAAUGGUUGCGUUGAGGGCGACAAGCCAACACAGCAGGAGUUCAGCUGCAGCGGUGUCGUCAUUGAGCCAAAGGAAGGAUUAAUCCUAACUAGUGGUCUGGUAUUUGCAGAAACUCUGAAGAAGAAACCUCAUGGGCUUCAUUCCUCAAAAAAGUUGAACAUUUCUACAAAAAGACAGACUGAGGACAUUCCAUUUUACACAGCAAGUAGUGUCUCCCAGUUCCUCAUUGAUGUCGUUCUGCCUGAGAGCUCUGCAUCACAACCUCUUCCGACAAAUCCACCCUCUUCAAGCACCGUACAAGGACAACGCCCUCUUCCAGCAACCUGUAGGACCGUCACUCGCAGAGCUGAUCUGAUCAUCCUUUGGAAAUGUCAAGACUUUGAUGAUAUUCUCAAGACAUUUCUACCACAGCGGGACGGAUGGGAAUUCUCAGACAGUAAAGAGGGUAGUGUAGACCAAUCAGAUCAGACAUCUGAGAGAGACGCUGUUAUUGGUGCAGGCGUGGAGCCUAUUGGGUUGAGCUCCGUAUCUAAGAAUCUCCCUGAGGAAUCUUUCAUUAGUUGGUUUGCUCUGCUGAAACUAAGAGAGAGUGAGAGACACUUGGAGCAUCUUGGGCAUCCAAUAGAAUUCCUCAGAUCACUUUCAUUGCAAGAUGACUUUUCUGUGCGACAGGGUAACGCAGUCUGUCUGCGCGCCACUCCGUUUGGUGCCACGUGUCCUUCAGUGUUUCUCAACAGUCUUAGCAUGGGAGUUGUAAGCAAUGUAGCCGGACCACGGCACCAGCUCAUUAUGACAGAUGCUAGAUGUAUACCUGGAGCCGAAGGGGGUGGGAUGUAUUUAAAUAACAGUAAACUUGCUGGCAUCAUCGUAGCUCCGCUAUGCUGGAAAAACAAUGAGUGGAUUGGACUCACACUUGUCUGCUCACUACGAGCGAUUAUCGAGUCACUGAGUCGAGUUAUUGACUCCAGAACAAAGGAUGUCAAUCGAGCUAUUACAUCAUCAGUGAGUAGUGACUUCACAGCGGAAAGACUAAGGACUACAAAGAAACUCAGUUUAGCAAGUUAUCCCUCUCUGAUCCAGCAGUGCAUGAGGUCAGUCGCUCUCAUCAAGGUUAGCGGAGUGUGGGGGUCAGGUGUGAUCAUCAAUGCUAAGAAGGGGCUCAUUCUAACCUGCCGUCAUGUGGUCUACAAGGCAGAAAGCCUUAAAGUUCAAGUUUGUCUAGACUAUCCGUACAUACAUUGGAAGUACGCUGCUGUCAUAUACAUGACCAGACACAACUCCCCAUUAGAUCUGGCUGUUCUUCAAUUAGAGGGAGGAGUUGGUGUGUUGAGUGAGGCCUUUGGGUCUACUGGAAAAAGAACGGCCAAGUCCUGCAGUCAAGGUCAACCAGUUUUUGUUGUUGGUCACGCCCUUCUAGCACCUGAACGUGACCUCUUGCCUUCUGUUAGUGCAGGGGUCAUGUCAAAGGUCAUCAGUGUGAGGGAAUCUCCAAUCAUGCUACAAUCAACUUGUGCAGUCCACUCUGGAACAAGCGGAGGACCACUUUUCUGUGGCAGGACAGGCCAGCUUCUUGGCAUAGUAACCAGUAAUGCAAGGGACAUGGAUUCUGGUGCUUCUUUUCCACACAUUAAUUUCAUCAUUCCAUGGUCUAUCUUUGGUCCAAUUCUCACUGAGUUUCUCCACACAGAAGAUCUGAAGGUUUUGGGAAAACUCGAUUCUGACGAUGAAUUUUUAACGUCUGUGUGGAGCUUGGACGAGAGGAGAAUCAUGGAGAACAUUCAGAGUAAGUUGUGAGAUCUUGAGGCGAAUCAGUUGAAAGUUUUAAUUAUUUUGGUUUUUUUUACCUACAAAAUAUAAAUUUUCGCUUCAUUGGUUUGUUUCCUGGACUUCAAUCGCCUUUGAUUGUGGGGUCUCUUAUCCAGUAUUUGCAUUGUUAAAGGCCAAUACAAACGAAAUUACAGGCAUGAUAUUGUCCUUCUCAAGUCUGAUUCUGAUUGUUUUGCCUGUGAGAUAAUCAGACAAAUUGGGAUUAAAUAAUCUAAGGUUUAUUGAAGGCAUCACCUUGUGCACAUUCAGGUUAGCCCUCGUACUCGAUACAAUAUUCAUGAUACUGUUUUCCAAGGACUAAACAACAUGCCUGAAAUUAACAUUAUUGUUCAUUUGUUAUAUAUAAAAGUAAAUGAGUGAAAUCAAGUAAAACUCAUGUUUCAUAACAGAAACAAACCCACAUUUUGAAAAGUCACGUUGGGCUCAAAACGCAGAGUGAAAACAGGUCUCCAGAAACAGGUCUUAGAAAUCAGCACUGUGAUGUCACACUGCGGACUCGGUCCAUGACUUGAUCCAAACAAGAAAAUUUGAAAAUGCAUAGCCAUGGAGACAAACAACCAUCAUCCAGUCUAAACUGGUUUUACACUGGUUUUCUGAGGCAUGGCGCUUCAGUGUUGCUGUUACUUGUUUUACACUGGUUUUCUGAGGCAUGGCGCUUCAGUGUUGCUGUUACUUGUUUUUGUUAUGAUUUGGGAAUCAUGAAGGGCGCUGCCAAAGCUGGGAACAAAACAUGUUUAUCUGAUUAUAGCUCAACCGAAUAACAGGGAGGAAAUCUUAACACUUAUGACCAAAUAAAAAUAAGUAAACAAGGAUAAAAUAGUCAAAUUUUUUUGAGUGAAUUCUAUUAUUAAAAGUUGUUUUUCUAAUUCAACAAUGUUUGGAAUUAAGCACUUGUCAUUUUAAACAUGUAUGUUUUGUAUAACGAAUCUUAUAUUUAUCAAUGAUCACAGAGAUUAAUAAAACAUUAUAUUUUCAUCUGUAAA